AUGCCCCAGGCUGCGAAGCCUUCUGGCUUCGUGCUCCAGAAGAGGCUGAGGAAUUACGCCGUCGUGGACCAGGCAGCGUUGGGCCAGGCCAUUGCAGCUUUCGAGGAGGACAAGCGGGCCGUCGACCGAGUCGCGGUCGCCCGCGAGGUGGCGCUGAAGGAUGCCGAGGCUGCCAAGGAGUGCUGCCGGUUGGUGGAGGCCGAGCUGGAGAUCAUGCGCAAUGAGCACGCGGUCGAGGCUCACGGUCGCAAGGCAGAGCAGGAGAAGAUGAAGGCCCAGGAAGACGCAGUCAAUGGUCGCGACGCCGAGCUGGAGCAGUCGGUGAGGGCGCAGGCCGCAGAACGCAGCCGCCUGGAGAAGCUGGAGAAGAAGGUGGAGGCGGAGAAGGCCCAGCUGGAAGCCAAAGUGAAGGUUCUUGCUGAGGAUCGCGCGGCCUUCAAGUCUCUUGAGGAGGGCGUCGUCGACGGGAUUGGCCCCGCGGUGGAGGGGGAAGCCCGCGCGCUCUCCUCAUCUCCCCUGACGCGCGUCUUCAGCCACCUCCAUCUUCGUGACCCUGAUGCUGACCUUGGCGAGCUGCUCAAGCCCGUGGAGGAAGGGCGCUGCACAGCCGCUGCCGAAGUUGUGAAGGACCAGGUGGAGGCCCUGUUGAAGAAGUUCCUCGCCAUCAACCCUGCACCUCCAGCCGAUGGUGCCGCCAGUCCUGCGACCAAGCUCAAUGACACGACUGACGGCGACGCUGCCGACGGGAAGGCGCUCCCUGACGACGGCACCCAAGGCUGA